GGAGGAGCAGAAAGCGUGAUUACCUGUUAAUUGUCGUCUAUUCAAAACCGCGAAGGGUCCCAACAUCCAACCACCACGCCGCGCGUCGCCCCCACCCGCCGCCUGGGCGCGCGUGCAACACUAUCCCAAUAAAUAUAGGCAUCGCUGCUCCCAUCAAAUGCUCCCAAGAAAAAUGUUGAAACAACACACAGCAGCUUCUCCACUCGCCAUAAUGAGACAUGGGUAAAACUGCCAAGUGGUUGCGCUCACUCCUAAGCUCCAAGAAGUCCGAGCAGCCGUCGAGGGAGAAGGAGAAGAAGAAGAAGAGCAGGUGGGCCUUCUCGAAAUCCGCUGCUUAUAAGUUGAAGAAUGAGGACCCAUAUCUUGAUGCUAACAAGCAUGCAAUAGCCGUCGCGGCGGCCACGGCGGCGGUAGCUGAGGCUGCUCUUGCUGCCGCACACGCCGCGGCUCAGGUGGUCAGGCUCACCACUGCCGCCGGAAGCGGGAGGAAUGUUCCCGCCUAUGACAGGCGGCGCGUGGCCGCGGUUACCAAGAUUCAGUCUGCCUUCCGAGCAUAUUUGGCUAGGAGGGCAUUAAAGGCACUUAAGGGGCUGGUGAAGCUUCAAGCUCUGGUGAGAGGCCACAUUGUCCGAAAGCAAAGUGCAGAUUUGCUUCAUCGUAUGCAAGCAAUGGCCCGAAUUCAGGCACGGGCCUCUUCACAUAGAUCUUACGUAUCAGAUUCUUGUAAGGCAAACUUCAGAUUCUCCAACUAUCAAUCUUCAGGAGCUGUGAAUCCGAGAAACUAUCAUCAGUGGUCGGAUACUGGUAAACACGGUGGAUACAUCACCACCAAGCCAUCGCGCACGAGCAAUAUUGGCAGCAGAGACAUGGCGUCUAAUUGGUUGAACCACUGGAUCGAGCAGUAUUCAUGGAACAACCGCCGUGGAGAUGAUGAUGAGAGAAGUGACAAGAUACUUGAAGUCGACACAUGGAAGCCCCGUGAGAGCACGACCAGAAGAGCCUCUCCUGCUGCACAAAGUUCAUCAGCAACGGGGCAGGAAUGUCUGAAAAUCAUCUCCUUGCCCAGACUCUCAGCGAAGCUCGAGAAACCGGAUCCUAGUAUAUCCUCAUCAGCAAAGGAGGUGGAGCAAGUUGCAGUUUGGACAGCUGAGAGUAGCCCUAGACCCAACACCAACCUCAGAGGGAUGUUUACUCCAACGAGAAGCGAGUGUGACUACCUCACUCACCCCAACUACAUGGCCAAUACAGAGUCAUCUCGGGCUAAACUUAGGUCUCAGAGUGUUCCCAAGCAGAGGAUGCAGUUGGAUGAGCGUUCUUGGGAGUCGGAUGCCAUCUCGGAGAAGGGCUGUGCUGUUCGACCCAGUCGUGCUAAUGUAAACAGGCAAGGCAGUCAUGCUCGUGUUAACGUUGUUAGCUCGUCGUAUGGCUACAGAUUUUAGAAGCUGAUUAUUACACGAGGAAAACUGCUGCUCGCAAUCUGGUAAAUUAGUUAAAAUAAUAUUUGGCUCAAAGGAAACAAGGAAUGUGUGGCGUUUCUUGUUUCUUGGAGCGUAGUGUCUUGUAUUUAUUGUUUGACGACAUGGCAACAUCGAAUACAGAUUAUUUCAAGCGAUUUCAUGUA